CUAACAUCAUCAUAGACUCGUCUUCGCCUAGUUCUGUCACGGGCUAGAUCAAGCGUUAGAAUCAGACAGACGAGACUAUAAUUCACUCCAUUCACGCUUACCGCAGUCCCGUUGUCCUGAUUUAUAAUUAUCGCUCUACGACGCGGCAAGAAUUCUGGUUUGCUUCGUUCAAGGACAGGGAGAGGAAGAGCCCAAGGGAGAGAGGCACUGAAGCAAAGGCGGCUUGUAAACGACAGUCUCCAGGUACAGGAUUCGGGCAUCUUAGCAGCUUCGGUGAGGUUGUACUGAGCUUAGCUUACAGAAAAGAGAUAUCACAAUACUUUCCUAACUAACAAAAGGAAAUACAUCAUGAAGACCUUAGACAUUUUCCCUCUGCCCUGUGUGCUCCUCAUGUUCCUUUUCCACUGCUGUCUUACGCAAAGUGAAUCUGACCUCAUAGUAAAUACUAGGUUGGGCCGCGUGCAGGGUGUACGCUUGCCUGUUCCCGACCGGAAUCACGUGAUCGCUUUCUUGGGCAUCCCGUAUGCUGAACCUCCUCUUGGGAAGAGGCGUUUCAAGCAUGCAGAGCCCAAAAAACCUUGGAAUGGUGUCUUUGAGGCAAGAGACUACCCAAAUGCCUGCUAUCAGUUUGUAGACACUUCUUACCCAGGAUUUCCCGGUAGCGAGAUGUGGAACCCCAACAGAAUGAUGAGUGAGGACUGCCUUUACAUAAAUGUGUGGGUGCCUCCUUCCCCUAGGCCACAAAAUCUCACAGUAAUGGUCUGGAUAUAUGGUGGUGGCUUCUAUAGUGGCUCCUCCUCACUUGAUGUCUAUGAUGGCCGGUACUUGGCUAACUCUGAAAAGGUAGUAGUUGUAUCUAUGAACUAUCGUGUUGGAGCUUUUGGAUUCCUUGCACUCAAUGGCUCAUCAGAAGCCCCAGGAAAUAUGGGUCUCCUUGACCAGAGGAUGGCUCUUCAAUGGGUGCAAGAUAACAUUCACUUCUUCGGAGGAAACCCAAAACAGGUCACCAUUUUUGGAGAAAGUGCUGGAGGAGCCUCAGUGGGCAUGCAUCUUCUGUCACCAGACAGCCACCCAUAUUUCACACGUGCCAUAAUGCAGAGUGGUGUUCCUAAUACACCAUGGGCUACUGUUAGCUUUGAGGAGGCCCAUCGGAGAGCCACCUUGCUGGGCAAACUCAUUGGCUGCAGGAAGGGCAAUGACACGGAGCUGGUUGACUGCCUGAGAAACAAAGAUCCACAGGAUCUUAUUAAUCUGGAGUGGCAACUACUCCCCUAUAACAGCCUGUUUCGCUUCUCUUUUGUACCUGUCAUAGAUGGCGUGGUGCUCCCUGACACCCCUGAUGCAAUGCUCAGCUCAGGGAACUUUAAAUACACUCAGAUCCUCAUGGGUGUAAAUCAGGAUGAAGGAUCUUACUUCUUGAUUUAUGGUGCACCAGGAUUUAGUAAAGACAAUGAAAGUUUGAUAUCACGAGAGGACUUCCUUGAAGGUGUGAAGAUGAGUGUUCCUCAUGCUAAUGAGAUUGGCUUGGAGGCAGUUAUCCUUCAGUACACUGAUUGGAUGGAUGAGAACAACCCUCAAAAGAAUCGAGAUGCCAUGGAUGAUAUUGUAGGAGAUCAAAAUGUUAUCUGUCCUCUACAGCACUUUGCAAAGUCAUAUGUCCAGCACACUGGUGUCCAAUUCCAGACAGGAGCAGCUGUUCAAGGGACACUGGGCUGGGGAAACUCAGGAUCAACAGGCUACAACAGUAACUCAAAUGGUGCUGUGUACCUCUACUUGUUUGACCAUAGAGCCUCUAACCUGGCCUGGCCUGAGUGGAUGGGUGUAAUUCAUGGUUAUGAGAUUGAGUUUGUAUUUGGCCUGCCUUUAGAGAAAAGGCUCAAUUACACAGCAGAGGAAGAGAAACUCAGCCGACGUAUGAUGAAAUAUUGGGCCAAUUUUGCCCGCACUGGUAAUCCUAACAUUAAUGUUGAUGGAACCAUAGACAGUCGGAGACGGUGGCCUCAAUUUACAGCUACUGAGCAGAAGCAUGUGGGUUUGAAUACAGAACUACUGAAGGUGCACAAGGGUCUAAAACCGCAAGUUUGUGCUCUGUGGAACCGCUUCCUGCCUCAUCUGCUUAACAUCACAGACAACAUCGAUGAUGUUGAGCGACAGUGGAAAGUGGAGUUUCACCGCUGGAGUUCUUACAUGAUGCACUGGAAGAGCCAGUUUGACCAUUAUAGCAAGCAGGAGCGCUGUACAGAUUUCUAGAUAAAUCUGACAUAAACAUAAGUGAGUGCAGAUUUAAAAAAAAAAAGGAAAACUGAUGACCACAUCACUUAAUAGUCUCUUUUCAGAAAGGCAAAGUUUCCAAGAUCUCAAUUAAAUAUUUGUUGAUAACUAUAGGUGAGUAGACAUAAGUGCAUUUGUGAAUGUUGCACUUAUAUUUUCUGUGUAGAGUUUUGUUCUUCCAAUUGCAGGUCAUUGUUCUCAUCACACAAUUAUAUUACAUGGAAGGAGAGGUGAAUGCAAGCUGCUAUAAGAGAUUAAGUGUUAUGGUCAUCAAAAUGUAUGUAUCAGAAAAAUGUUGUAGUUGCUAUAUUACCUCUGAAAAGUGAGCGUGUGCAUCUAUCUGUUCCACUGGAAGCCGAAACCCCUCAUUCACUCUGGUCCACGGGAUCCCAAAUUGUUUUUUUGUACCUUGUUCUUGUAGGCUUAAAUUAUAAUGGCUGCUUUACCAUGUGUUUAUCUCUACUCUCCAUCUACCAAAUCUAUUCAGCAUUUUGUGUGCUUCUUUGCUCCGGUUAUUGCGUGAACCUUGUCUGCUGUCUCUAAUUUCUGACUGUGGGCCAACUCAAUUUAAUGUAUGCUGGCAAACUAUUCAGAAUUUUGUUUUUGUGUGGGCGAGAAUGUUAUAAUGUACUGAUAUUUAAAAUGUUUUUUUUAUUUUAUUUCUACGCAUAUUGCAUGAAUUCUGGUGCCCACGGCAUGAGUCUUGGUGUGUGUGUGUGUGUGUGUGUGUGCGUGCGUGCGUGCGUGCGUGAGAGAGAAAGAAAUUGUGCAUUUACCAUAUACCAUAUACUACAUGGGUCAGUUUGUAUCUAUAUGUACAAUACCAUUUGUGAAUAUCACCUCUCCAUUAUUCAGAAUUUAUUUUGGGAAUUGUAUGCUUCAGUGUUUAUCCUAGAAAGACAAAGAGAGAAUGGUGAGUAAGAGUAAUGCUGACUGUGUGCCAAAGGGUCAAUAUAAUUUGUUCCUUGCGGUCUCCCUCUCUCGAUGGGAAAGGAUUCUCAUUACGAUAAUGGAGGGAGAGUAAUUUACUUAGUGCUCAUUCGAAAUGAUAGCCCGCUGUGUCAGCCAUCUUAACUCCAGCCCCACCUUUACCCUUUUGAUGCAGUGGAAGGAUUAUGAAAGAAAACAGCCAAAAGAGAAGAUGCAAGGACUGAAAAAAUAUACAGGGUUACAAAAGCCACUCCUAUCAUAUAUUCUAUAUUUAUUGUAGUAUAUUUAAAAAAAAAAUUAAAAAAAGUAAAUUAUUUGCAUGAUUGCAUCAAAUAUCAAAAGAGAUAAAAUUUCACAUGGAGUGUUUUUAAGUUUAAAAUAGAGCAAAUAUUUUAUUUUUUUGUGUAUUUAUUAAGAUUGUUGAAUAUUUCUAUUUUGCCUGUGAAUCUGUAUCAAACAUUCUUAAAACUUUUUUACAGUUUGAAUGUAUCAUGGUCAAUCAUUCUCACAUACACAUUGUCCCAAUUUGCAUACUCAUUUUAAGUAUGAACAUGCUGAAUUUUUGAAUUCUAGUCUGUUUAUGCGGUCUCAUUAACCUCCUGUCGGCCUGUUUUUACAAAGCUAUAUCAGUUUAUUUGUCCAGUACCAUUUAUCUACAGUUUUGUUAACACUGUGGAAGGGAUCUGAAACUGAUAAGACAGCAGGUCUUCCAGCACAUAAAAUAAUAGUUUGUCAUUAAGCAUUUAACCUCUGAAUGAGUAAUGUAGAUUAGCUAUAAAAAAUUUAAUUUAAAAUUUAAAAUGGAAAUAAUAUCUUAUUCUUGCUAUAUAUGUUGGAUCGGAUGAACAAGAUAAUGUCUUGCAAGUAUAGUAUGAUCAUGUGUACUGGUUUAUGGGUCUGAAUGACAGCUGCUCUUGCACCUCUUGUCCAGUGAGGUGCCUACCCAUCUCUUCCACCACAUGAAAUCCUCUUGUGCAUGUCCCAGAUCCCUCUAUAUUCUGUGCUUUAAAAAUGGACUGUUAUCCUCUGACAAUAUUAGUGCUGAUGUCCAUUAAUUAUGUUUUCGAGUUUAUAGCUAUAAAACACUGAUUGCCCAGUGAGAAAUAUUGAUGUUAGCAAUAACAAUGUACACUUAUAAUGGAACAUAAAUAUUUGAAUGCAUUGAUGCUCAUGAAAUGUCACUGACUUGACUGAAACACAGUGUUCAUGAAUAGAUACCAAUGAUCAUGGAUAUUGUAACGGACUAUAAAUCAGCAGUUUUAUCAAAGCAAUAUAUUGUCAUAUGCUAUCUUACAGAUAUUGUUCUUUAGUGUUCAAUAUGGGAUCACUUUGGUUUAAGAUGCAUUUAAGAUUUAGAAAAGAUUUUCAUGUCAUAAAUUCAUGCAAAUUAUUUUUCACAUGCUGCAAAUGAGGUUACCUGCCUCUAAAUUACAUCACAAAGAGAACAUUUUCUCUCUGAAAAAUCCAUAUGUUCUACCCCAAAUAUAUGUAGAACAUUGUACAUGGCUUAGCAAGCAUCUUCUGAUCUGCAUUUAUUGCACUUUGACAACAUAUUUUUAACAAUAAUUAUUUUUGUUAUCAUAAUUUAUUAAUUAUUUUGUCAAGAUAUUGCCUGCUGUGUAAAAAUGAGUGCCAAUAGUGACAGCAUCGUGCAAAUCCUCUGCAUGGUGUUCCUUGUCAUAAUCACCAAGUCUGAAUAUAAUAUCAGAAGUUGUCCAACGCAACCUCAAUAAACAGUUAUUGACUUAAU